UCUACAUAGCUAUAUUCUUCAAAAAACGAAAGGCUUCCAUUUUGCUGGUAAAUGCGUAAGAAUUUACAAAAAUACCGUACUUAUUGUGUUUAGUGAUAUUAAUUCGACAAAUUCGCAAUAUACGCAAUAAAUAGUUUAGAAUGGCGGCCAGCGACUCAGGGACGGAUGAGUCACUUUAUCCCAUCGCGGUACUUAUCGACGAAUUAAAAAAUGAGGAUGUUCAACUCAGAUUGAAUUCUAUUAAGAAGCUAUCAACCAUCGCUCUGGCUUUGGGUGUGGAAAGAACAAGAUCAGAACUCGUUCCGUUCCUAACUGAGACUAUAUAUGAUGAAGAUGAAGUACUUUUGGCACUCGCUGAACAACUUGGCAACUUCAUCAAUCUUGUCGGCGGAGGUGAAUAUGCACACUGUCUUUUGCCCCCACUGGAGUCGCUUGCUACUAUCGAAGAAACUGUUGUCAGGGAUAAGGCUGUGGCCUCACUGAGAGCGGUUGCCGCCCAUCAUUCCCCACAAGCUUUAGAACAGCAUUUUGUGCCAUUAGUACAACGUCUUGCGGGCGGAGAUUGGUUUACAUCUAGAGCAUCCGCCUGUGGACUCUACAGCGUCUGUUACCCUCGUGUCAGUGCACCAGUGAAGGCUGAGCUCCGAGAACAUUUCCGUGUCCUGUGCCAGGAUGACACACCCAUGGUGAGACGAGCGGCCGCUUUCAAGCUGGGAGAGUUUGCUAGAGUGGUCGAAGUGGAAUAUGUGAAGAGCGAUCUCAUACCAAUGUUCAUACAUCUGGCCCAGGAUGAGCAGGACUCGGUACGUCUACUGGCUGCAGAGGCCUGUGCCGCUGUGGCUGCCCUGCUUCCGCCUGAAGAUAUGGAACAGCUAGUAAUGCCCACGGUGAGGGCCCGUGCUGGAGACACCUCCUGGAGGGUGCGGUUCAUGGUGGCUGAAAAGUUUGUGGAGCUGCAACAGGCUGUGGGUCCGGAGCUGGCCCGCUCAGACCUGGCCCAGAUCUUCCAGGCGUUGCUCAAGGACAGCGAGGCUGAAGUACGAGCUGCAGCAGCUGCUAAGGUUAAAGACUUCUGUAUGAACUUGGAUAAAGCCCACCAGGAACACAUCAUCAUGACCAUGAUCCUGCCGCAGAUCAAGGAACUGGUGUGCGAUCCCAACCAACACGUGAAAUCCGCUCUAGCCUCGGUCAUCAUGGGACUGAGCCCCAUCGUUGGCAGACAGAACACCAUAGAACACCUCCUGCCGCUGUUCCUCUCUCAACUCAAAGACGAAUGCCCAGAGGUCCGACUCAAUAUUAUAUCAAACCUCGAAUGUGUGAACGAGGUCAUCGGAAUACAGCAGCUAGUGCAAUCCCUCCUCCCCGCCAUAGUCGAGUUGGCGGAGGACACGAAAUGGCGCGUCAGACUAGCUAUCAUAGAACACAUGCCUCUACUGGCCGGCCAGCUUGGGCAGGAGUUCUUCGACGAUAAGCUCACGGGGCUCUGUAUGUCCUGGCUCUUCGACCACGUGUACUCCAUCCGCGAAGCAGCGACCCUGAACCUGAAGAAACUCGUCGAACAAUACGGCGCGCCCUGGGCCGAGGCGAACGUCAUACCGAAAGUGCUGGCCAUGUCCCGGGAACAGAACUACCUGCACAGAAUGACGUACCUGUUCUGCAUAAACGUGCUGUCGGAGGUUUGCGGCAAAGACAUCACGACCAGAGUGCUCCUACCCACAGUGCUGUCGAUGGCGGACGACAAUGUUGCCAACGUGAGAUUCAAUGUUGCCAAAACCUUACAAAAGAUGGCGCCCUUCCUAGACCCGGCGGUCAUCCAGCCGCAAGUGAAGCCGGUGCUGGAGAAGUUAAACGUGGAUCCGGACGUGGACGUGAAAUUCUUCGCGUCCGAGGCCAUAGCCGGUAUAGCCGGCUGAUUCCUCCGCGUCUAAUAUUUUCUAGUUUGUAUUUAUUCUAAAGCCAGAUCUUCAUCCGUACCACCAACGAGACGACAUUCAUUCCAGUUUGAAACAGCAAUAGGAAUCACUUGCGGCAUUUAACUUGCACUUUCGAAAUUGUAAAACAUAUUGAAUAUAGAUAAUUAAAACCA